GGCGGUCCCCGGAGACGCGGCUGAGGGGCGGGGCGGCCUGACAGCACGCCGUUCACAAGACCCUUCUCUUCCUCCCCUUCCCAUCACUUCCUCCCCUUCCCGUCACUUCCUCCCCUUUCCAUCACUCUUUGAAAAUAACGACAUAAAAGCCACGUUAGAGAAUGAUGGACAAAUGAAUGAUUGUAAUUUGUGAAGCUCUUUGAAAAUAACGAAACAAAACACACUCCAGAGAAAUGUCAAAUCGUACAGUAAUUCUGACUUUGUAAAUAACGACAGAAAAGCCACGUUAGAGAAUGAUAGAGAAAUGAUUAAUCGUAAAAUAACUGUGAAGCUCUUUGAAAAUAACGAAACAAAACACACUCCAGAGAAAUGUCAAUUCGUAUAGUAACUCUGACUUUGUAAAUAACGACAGAAAAGUAGAGAAAAGUAGAAAAGUAGAGAAUAAUAGAGAAAAGAUUGAUCGUAAAAUAACUGUGAAGCUCUUUGAAAAUAACGAAACAAAACACACUCGAGAGAAAUAUCAAAUCGUACAAUAACUCUAACUUUGUAAAUAGCGACAGAGAAGCCACGUUGGAGAAUUAAAUAGACAAAUGACUGAUCGCAAAAUAAUCACUCCAGAGAGCUGUUUAACCGUACAGUGAUAAUCCUGACUUUGAAAAUUGCGAUAGAAAAUGCGACGUUAGUGAACUUCCAUUACACUGAUUAACAUCGAAACUAUACUGCGUCAAAAAUACCGACGAUGCAGGAAACCAAUACACUCCCGCUUCCAUUUCGCUAUAAAACUUAGUGAAUAAAAAAAAGCCCUUUGAAAUACUCUUGAGGGAAGGUGAGGGGAAGGUACGCUUGGCCCCGGUGCUCAACUCCGCCACACUGACCCUUGAUCGUGGAAGAAAGAAGAAAAUGUGAAUACUAGUGAAAUUACAAAGACAUAAUAGAGAUAGAAAAGUGUGGAAUGAAAGAAGGAGAAAAUAUGAAUGACAGUGGAAUUAAGAAGAUAUGAUAAAGACAGAAGAUUGAAGACAGCGAAGUGAACAGUGAAAACUAUACAUUGACGGAAGGAAAGGAAAGUGAAGGAAAGAGAGAGAGGAAAGGAAAGGGAAGGAGAGAAGGAGAAACUGAUAGGAAAGGAAAGUAAAAAGAAGGACAACCAGGGAAAGGGAAGGAAAGGAAAGGGAAGGAAAGGAAAGGGAAGGAAAGAGAGAGAGGAAAGGAAAGGGAAGGAGAGAAGGAGAAACUAAUAGGAAAGUAAAGUAAAAAGAAGGACAACCAGGGAAAGGAAAGUGAAGGAAAGAGAGAAAGGAAAGGAAAGGGAAGGAGAAAAGGAGAAACUGAUAGGAAAGGAAAGUAAAAAGAAGGAAAACCAAGGAAAGGAAAGUGAAGGAAAGAGAGAGAGGAAAGGAAAGGGAAGGAGAGAAGGAGAAACUGAUAGGAAAGGAAAGUAAAAAGAAGGAAAACCAAGGAAAGGGAAGGAAAGGAAAGGGAGGGAAAGGAAAGGGAAGGAGAGAAGGAGAAACUGAUAGGAAAGGAAAGUAAAAAGAAGGAAAACCAAGGGAAGGAAAGUGAAGGAAAGAGGGAAAGGAAAGGAAAGGGAAGGAGAGAAGGAGAAACUGAUAGGAAAGGAAAGACAAAAGAAGGAAAACCAAGGAAAGGAAAGGAAAGGAAAGGGAAGGAAAGAAAGAAAGGAACGGAAAGGGAAGAAGAGAAGAAGAAACUGAUAGAAAAGGAAAGAAAAAAAGAAGGAAAACAAAGGAAAGGAAAGGAAAAGAAAAAAAGGAAAAAAGGAAAGUGAAACAAAGAAAUUGAAAACACUUCCACCCUUCUUCCUCCUCCUCCUCCUCCUCCUCCUCCUCCACCAUGGCGUGCCCUCCACCAAGACUGCUCCAUCCUCUCCACCUCCACCUGCUGCUGCUAAUGAGCCUGACUUACCUGGCGGUCGUGGGCGGCGAGGGUGACCUGCGGUGGGUUACGGGGCCUCAGUUCGGUCGGUCUGCCAGCAAGGUGACGGUGGAGCAGGGCGGCACGGCUCGUCUGCCCUGCGUCGUGCUGCACCUCAACGAUAGAGCCGUGGUGCACACGGAGGGCCGCCACGAGUGGACGCUGGUGGUCCGCUACGCCCAGCUACGGGACGCCGGCGUGUACGAGUGCCAGGUGAACACCGACCCCAAGAUGUCCAGGCCCGUGACGCUGCACGUGAUGGAUGAGGGUCGUGAGGUGACGGUUACCAAGACCAAAGUGUUCGUGGCCAACAACACAGCCUCCACCAAGGACGGUCACCUCCGCGUUGAGAUCCAGGGACCCCGCGAGCUGUACAUUCAGGAGGGGUCGUCGCUGCACCUCACCUGCCUCGUCACGUCCUCCCGCGGCCCCUCCACGCCCGUCUACUGGUACCACGACACCAACCUCAUCGACUACAACUCACCCAGGGGCGGCGUCAAUCUCAAGAUUGAUCAGAGUCGGGGGGAGACCACUACUCGGUUGGUGGUGUCCGCGGUUGGCCCAGGCGACUCGGGAAUGUACUCCUGUGUGCCCCCCGGUUCGCAUCCCGCCUCGGUCCUGGUCCAUGUACAGAAAGGAGAACACGAAGCAGCCAUCCAGCAGGGAGGACUAGACGACGUUUCUUCCUCCUCCUCUUCCUCCUCCUCCUCCUCCUCCUCCUCUUCCUCUUCCUCCUUUCACUCUCUCUCCUUCCACAAUCAUAUAUUCUUCCUCUUCCUUCUCUUCUUCUUCUUCUUCCUACAAUUCCUUUACCUACCUGAGCUUCCUUACCUCUCCUCUUCCUCCUCCUCUUCCUCCUCUUCCUCUUCCUCCUCCUUCUCUUCAUCUUCCCCCUCCUCCUCCUCCGUUGUCAUUCUUCCUAUUCACUUAACAAGGCAGACUCCCAACUCCUUUCCUUCUCCCUCCUCCUCCACCUCCUCCUCCUCCUCCUCCUCCUCCAUUUUCUCUCACAAAGAAAAUGGGGAAUAUAUCUUCACAACGACAUGAUACCCCCCCCCCUUCUCUCUCUCUCUCUCUCUCUCUCUCUCUCUCUGACUAUUUAUCUAUCUAUCUCUCGCUCUCUAUCUCAAUUUCUCUCUCUAUUUCUCACUAUCUUUGUCUCGCUGUAAAUGGACGCUUGUGAUUGGCUGUUUCGGUGUCCGCUGGUCAAGACGCGGCCGGUGAUUGGUUGUCUCCCUCGUAACGUCAUCAAAGGCAAGAACCAAUGAGGGGAGAGCUUCGUUACCAUCACCAUCGUCGUGUGUGUGUGUGUGUGUGUGUGUGUGUGACCUGACCUGAUCCCUUUAUCGUGUGACCACCCCUCCCCCGUAGAACUCCUUCGGCAAGUGAGUCUUUUCUACGUAUAAAUCGAUGUAACGUUUUAGGCUAAAUAAACAAAA